UGAAAUGCAUAGCGCCGCCUGGUUACAGCAGCUUCUAUGCCGGCAGUCAGUACCUGUAGCACUUUGAAAAAACUUGUAUUCCUGUAGCAUUUGUUAGGAACUGUUUAAAAUAUAUAUUUUUAGAAAGAAAUUAAAUAGAUGGAACAAAUAAGCCACAUGUGUGUACACACGCGUGCGUGCGUGUGUGUAUGUGUGUGUGUAUAUGUGGGGAGAGAGAGAGAGAAUUGAGUAAAGGAAGGUUAGAGCAAUAGAGGGAGAAGUCAAAACUGUGAUAUGUGUGAGUAGCAGUGUGUUUGUAUAGAAUUCUAUAUGUAUACAUGUGUGUGUGUGUUUGUAUCUGUCUGUAUACUAUUUAUCAUUUAGAAAGCUUUUUAACUAAUGGUGAACAGAGAGAGACUAUAUAUGUCUGGUGUACCUUCAGAAACUUCCACCAGCCUCUUCUCUCAUUUCACACCAUUCCUACAGCAGAGGCAGUAGUAGCACAACACACAGAAUAAGAUUAGGGUAAAAAAAAAAAAAAAAAAAAAAAAAAAAGAAAGCAACAAUUAUAGCAAAGAGCCUAAAAACUCUUCAAUACAACUAUGCUUACAAAGAAACUGAUAGCUUAAAGGAUGGCUGUCUUUUGGAAAUUAGCAGAUUUCACUGCAGAGAAGUUAGAGAGAAAUUCAUCAAAUUCUAAUCAAAUUUAAGUGAAUUUAUUCUUCUUGGAGUGUGAAUGGUUUCUCCUCAUCUAAUCUUGGUAGAACUACCAAAAUCAUUCCAUUUAUCACUGAAAUGAGUUGUAUUUUUGGAUAUUUACAAAAUUUUUACUUCAUGGAGAAAAUGUUAUGGAUUCAUUUAUAUCUUGGUUUACUGUCUGCAGGUUUCAUUACAACCAAAGCCAUUCAACCACAAGAAUUUGUCCAAAUUCCAGUCAACCAAUCAGUGAUAGAAGGAUCAACAGCUACUUUAAAAUGUCAAGUUAGAAAUAGAGUAGGAAAUUUACAAUGGACAAAAAAUAAAUAUGCUUUAGGCAUAGACCGAAAUUUACCAAAUUAUGAAAGAUAUUCAAUGGUUGGAAAUCCAGCAAGAGACGAGUUCCAUCUACGAAUUGUAUCUGUUAAAUUAGAAGAUGAUGGCUUGUAUCAAUGUCAGGUCGGACAAACAGAAGCUGCUGAAGGCAUCAGAAGUAACACUGUUAAACUCACAGUUUUAUUUCCACCUGACCCACCACAGAUUUUAGAAGCACCGAUUGCCGCAGUUAUAUUAGGAAAACCUACCAAUAUUACAUGUCUUGUGAAAAAUGGGAAACCAGGAGCUAAAAUUACGUGGUACCUGGCAGGAAAGUUGAUGAAUCGGAAAUUAUAUUCAACUGAAAUGUUUACUAAAUCAAACAAACGAGUUGAUACAAAAGGCAAUAUAAUGUUAAUACCUAAAACAGAACAUUCUGGAAAACUACUCGAAUGUCAUGCUAUAAAUGAAGCUUUACAAAAUCCAUAUGUGACAAGGGUUACAUUAAAUGUUCAAUAUCCUCCAGAUAUUACAAUGAAAAUAAAUAUUACAGGAAAAAUUAGGCAAGGAAUGAAUGUACAGUUAGCAUGUGAGGGUUUUGCUAAUCCACAACAGAUUAAAUGGAAAUGGUAUCGUAAUGGGAAACACUUAGCUCGACAAACAGCAAGUGUUUUGAAUCUGCCGUCCAUAUCUCAUGUGUACCAUGACAACACAAUCACAUGUGAAGCUACAAAUUCAAUUGGUAGUACGCGCAAAGAAAAAAGGCUGGAUAUCAAAUACGGUCCACGUUUUAUUAGUGCUAGUAGUCAUGUAGCAGUAGACCCGAGAGAGAAUGCUAAGCUGAAGUGUGAAGCUGAUGGUAAUCCUCAACCGAGCAUCAUUUGGCGGAAAAAAGGUUCCCAUAAUAUCUUGGGAAGUGGUUCGACCUUGGAGCUUGUAGAAGUCAAUGAUGCAGACCUAGGCACCUACUAUUGUACUGCCACAGUUGUUGGUUUUAGUGAAAUCAGUCGAGAAGUACUGCUUUUAAAGAAUGGUCCUCCUCGCAUUAUGAGUGACGGAAAAUUUUAUACAAGUCAAGAGAAAACAGCACACAUUGAAUGUAUUGCUAUAUCCGUCCCGAAACCAGUCAGUAUGUAUUGGAUGAAGAAUGGCAGAACACUUGAUAAUACAAACUCAGACCGUUUUUCAACGAAUAAUGAAGAAUUACCAUAUGGUAUGAAGAGCACAUUAGAAAUCCUUAAAGUCCACAAAGAGGAUUUUGGCAGUUACAACUGCAGUGUGGCCAACAAAUAUGGUGAAGAUAUAGCCAUUAUUACACUGGCUGAGAAAGAUGUCUUACCAAUGCCAUAUAUAAUUGGUGGCGCCGUAGGAAGUGUAGCAGUCAUUUUAAUCAUUAUUUUAGCUUGUGUGAUAUACCAUAGAUAUAAAAACACUGACUCAGGUGCUGACUCUUAUACAGAUUCUGAUAGCACUAUGGAGAAAAAGAAAGAUGUAAAAUCAGAAUCACCAACACUGAUGGGACAAUGGCGCCAGGACUACAACAAAGACCUUUACCGUUAUUCAGAUAACUUCGAUGAAGUUUAUAAUUCCAAGAGUAACAACAACGCACAUAUACUCUACACAGAACCCUAUUAUAUGGACCCCAGUAACAGGGAGGGCAGUAUGACAUCCCAACCUUAUGACUAUGUUUCCAGACCAGGGUUAACUGAUGUACCUGGUCCUGCUGAUAGAUAUGAAUCUAACUACAAUCGGACUUUUGUGCCAAGGAGCUUUAAAUCUGAUAUCAGCGAUACCUAUUCAAUGCUGCGAUUACCUCCAGCGGAUCUGUCUAACACCAAGUUUGCAACAAAUGUAUAAAUUCUAUAUGAUGUGAUAAAAAAAUUUGAAAGUAAAAUGUUAAAAUACAACCAAACUAAGCCACACAUAGACAAAUCAAAACAAAUUGUGCAAAUGUUUGGUGAAAAUGUGUUACAAAACAAAAUAUAGAAAUUAAAAAAAAAAAAAUUCUUCCUGAGAAAAAAAAAAUUAUAAAAUGUUAAAGGAGAGAUCAGAAAACAAUAAAAUAUUAGAAACAUUUGAAAGAAAAAAAAAUAUAUAUAUAAAAUUCAUCAAAAGGAAUUUCUUUAAAAAGCAAUUAUUAUUAUUUUUCAUUUCCCACCCUUCCCACCAAUUUUCAUUAAUUUUCAAAAUUUUUUUUUUUUUCGCUCUGCUGGCUAAUUAAAUAUAUGAAUAUGUAAAAUAUUUGUUACGACAAGAAAAACAAAACAUGUCCUUUCAAUUAUAAUAUGUCUUCAAAAAAAAAAAAUAAAUAAAAGAUCCCAAAAGCAGUAUGAAAUUGGGGAGAAAUAGGGAUCCCAUCAGUUACAAAGACAUUUCAUCUCCCACUGGGAAAUUGAAGACACAUUAUUGAUCACCUCAUCAAACUAUUUGUGUUCUAAAUUAUAUAUAUAUAUAUAUAUAUAUAUAUAUAUAUAUAUAUAUACAUACAUACAUACACAUAAUUACAUUCAUACACAUAUAAAUACAUACAUAUACACAUACAUAUGUGCCUUUAUAUGCUGGCACAUACAUAUAAAAGACAUGUAUAUAUGUAGAUAUGCACAUGUAUAUACAUUUUAUACAUACACACAUAUGUACGUACAUGCAUGUGUGUGUGUGUGUGUGUACACAGACACAGUUAUGUUCAUACAUAUACACACAGAUACACAUACAGCAGUGUUUGUCAUUUAUUUUGUUGAGUUUUUUUAAACCUGACCUGCAAUUUUCAACAUAAUCAAAAUGAAUAUGUGAACGACUUGUGGAAAAAAAAUUUCAGUGAAAAUUUUAUUCCAGAUCUACAUGAGGGACAAUAUUUUUUUCUCUCAGUUAAUCCAGGAGCACUUGAAGAACUUUUUCCCUGUGCUAAGAUGGCAGCUACAAAAGGAAAAGAUACCAUAGAUAGAUAGGUAGAUGAGCAGAUAUAUAAGUUUACACACACACGCGCACUCACACACACACACACACACAGUAGGUACAUCAAAAGGUGAGUUUUUAAAAAAAAAUCAAGUGUUUUAUGUAAUGUAUAUUUGUUUUCAUUCAGUACUUUUUUCUGGAAGCUGUAGUACUGAAAUGAAACUGUUCACAUUGGUUUUUCUUUUUAUUUAUUUUGUAUUUCUUUUCAAUUUUAUUUUGUUAAACUAGCAACCUUUUGUUUAUGCAGUAGCUACUUUUAUUCAAUGAAUAACAAGAAUUACUUAAUU